AUGGACACUGCGCAGUUCAACGGCAUUGCGACUUUGUUUCCCCACGACUCUGCUGCUACCACUCCUCGACAUGCCGCCAACGACAACCAGCUAGCCCCGUCCGCCGCAUACAACGAAGCACACUCCUCGCAAACACAUACCCCACUGCACUCUCCGCCCUCGGGCACCCUCCCGCAACAGCAGCAGUACCUACCUUCCACUCCUUCCACCACCGCCGCGCUUGGCUCCGCCGGCACCAAGUACGAGGCAUACAACUCCCCGUCGAUCGCCUCGCGCACGGCGUCUAUGAACAUUUCCACCCCGACGUCUGACGCAGCAUCCCGCGCCCGAUCGAACAUGGACUACAAUGGCAGCGAUAUGGACGUGGACAUGGACGCCGACCCCUUCAACAAGCAAAAGUAUGCUCGUCCACCCAGCACGAGCCGGCUGUCGGCGCAAUAUCGGCCUGCAAACAUGCAGCAAGAGGAAGCCAACACGCGGCAGUCGCGUUACUCACCCAUGAACACCGAGCCGACGAACUAUGUCUCGAGUCCAGCGCAACCACAGCAGCUGUCUGCGAACCAGUAUACUUCAUACACCCCUCAACAAGCUGCACGACAAUCGCCCAAUCGCAUUAGUCAGAGUCAAUACAGUUCGCCCACAAACCAGCAGCGGUACUACGCAUCGCCGCCGUCUUCGUCACGCGCGCAACACACACAACUGCCUCCGCUGCAGUCGGGUUUGUCGCCCAAUGCCUACUACCCGCAGUCCGCGACUCAGCAACUCAACGCUGCUUUCGGAAACGAAACAGACCCGCAGAAGCAGCAGCAACCCCAGCAACAGCAGUACCACCAAGGGAUGUCGACCCGGAACGAUGAGGUACCGCAGUUCAGGAAGGUGCAAUCAUUGAACGACAUGGAGCCGAGGAUCAAUGCACAGCCGCCGUUCCGAAGAGCAGCUCCAGAAGGCGGAUUUAUCAGCCCGCUGGCAGCGCUGACGAGUCACUUGCCUGCGACAUACCGCAUAUGCAAUCCUCAGUUCCAGUACGAGUCAUCGCGAAAUCCGAGACGAGUGUUGACGAAGCCGAGCAAGGGCGUCAAGAACGAUGGGUAUGACAACGAAGACAGCGAUUACAUUCUCUAUGUGAACGAUAUCCUGGGCUCGGAAGAGACGAACCACAAAAACCGAUAUCUGAUUCUGGACGUGCUGGGUCAGGGAACGUUUGGUCAAGUGGUGAAAUGUCAGAAUUUGAAGACGCAAGAAGUGGUGGCAGUGAAGGUGGUUAAGAACAAGACCGCAUAUUUCAACCAGAGUAUGAUGGAGGUGUCAGUGCUGGACCUGCUGAACGGGCGAAUGGACAAGAACGACGACCACCACAUACUACGGCUGAAGGACACCUUCAUUCACAGGCAGCAUUUGUGUCUGGUGUUUGAGCUGUUGUCGGUCAACUUGUAUGAGUUGAUCAAGCAGAAUCAGUUCCGAGGUUUGAGUACCACACUGGUCCGCGUAUUUGCGCAGCAAUUGCUUAAUGGGCUGUGUCUGCUCAGCAAAGCGAAGCUGAUCCAUUGUGAUUUGAAGCCAGAGAACAUUCUGUUGAAAAAUCUUGAGAGUCCGAUUAUCAAGAUUAUCGAUUUUGGUUCGGCAUGCGACGAACGACAAACUGUAUAUACCUACAUCCAGUCCCGCUUCUACCGAUCGCCGGAGGUGCUGCUAGGUCUGCCAUACUCUGCGGCCAUCGAUAUGUGGUCUUUGGGCUGCAUCGUGGUGGAGUUGUUCCUUGGUCUGCCGUUGUUCCCCGGAUCGUCCGAGUACAACCAGGUUUCGAGGAUAACAGAAAUGCUCGGACUACCACCAUACUGGAUGUUGGAGGUCGGAAAGCAGUCGGGAGAGUUCUUCGAGAAAGUUCAUGAUGAGUUCGGACGAAGAACGUACAGACUGAAGUCGAUGGAGCAGUACUCGAGGGAACAUGGAACAAAGGAGCAGCCAAGCAAAAAGUACUUCCAACAGACACGGCUGCCAGAUAUCAUCCGAGCGUAUCCAAUGCCAAGGAAGGGCAUGAAGCAGAAUGAGAUCGAGCGAGAAAUGGCCAACCGCGAAGCCUUCAUCGACUUCGUACAUGGCUUGCUCAACAUCAACCCGCUCGAGCGAUGGACGCCACAACAAGCACGAACGCACCCAUUCAUCACACAGCAGAAGUUCACGGGUCCUUUCCAACCGCAGAUGAGCCUCAAGAACGUGAGCAGAUCACCAGCGCCAGGUGUACAGCAACAGCAGCAAGCAGAAGCUUUGUCGAGACAACGAGCGCAACAGGCCCAAGCUGCUCAACAGCAGCAAGCACAGCAAGCUGCAGCAUACACGCAACAGAUGCAUAUGGGGCCAGCUUACCCAGCAUCGCCGCACGUACCUCAACCUCAGCAGGCAAUGUAUGGUGGCAACAUGUACAGUCCGAGCCACCAAGGAGCACCGCCACCAUAUCCCGCGAAUCCGCCUUCGACAUCGGCGUAUGGCCAACAAGUACCGAUGGUACAACAGCCACCUCCAGCCGCCGCAAUGCAAGGAUAUGCCCAGCAAGCGCAGCCGAACUUGUAUGCCCAAGCAACCACACGCGCGGGACGACAAAGGGCAAGCACAAUGGACGGCAAUGGCAUUCCCGCGUCGUUACAAAGAGUGGUCAGCCAUCUUGACCCGAACGCGCCGAUCAGAUUGCAGCCAAGCCCGGCAUACUAUCCGCCCGCAACGGAUGGAACAAACUCUGAUGUUGGCAACAUCGGUGGACGCCGGCGGACGAGCCGAGCAGGAGGUCAAAGGCAGCAAACAGGUCAGGAUCGGAAUUUCGUCCGGAUGCUGGAAGAUAGAACGCUUGAGGAAGGAUGGAGUGGUGGGAAUGGAUGGCCCGGAGCAUGA